AUGCUGGCAGUUUCGGGAGACGGCGGUGAAAAUAGCGAGAGUGACGAUAACGAGAAUGUAGUGGAUCUGACAGCUGGCGAAUUGGAUGGAGGGAGCAAGGGGAAGAAGGAGAAAAAGGAGAAGGAGGAAAAGAAAGAGAAGAAAGAGAAAGAGAAGAAGGAGAAGAAGGGAAAAAAAGAGAAGCGGGAUAAGAGGAAGGAGGAGGGGAAGAAAGGCGAGGUGGUAGGGUAUGCUGCGGAGAACGAGGAGGGAAGUGAGACGGCAAAGGGGUUUGUUGAAACGAAACAAAGUGGUUCCAUCGAGAUUGCCCCAGGAAAGGAAACCGAGGAGGAAGAAUUGCCUUCAGGAGAAACUGAUCUCGAAACGGUGGUGCUUCAUAAGGGGGAUGAAACGGGUUAUGCCGAAACGGUGGUUCUCUAUAAGGGGGAUGACGGCACGUGGGUGGAGGCAGAGGGGCCGGUGGCAGAGGGCGUUGAGACGGUCGUGCUUCAGCGAGUGGUGGAGUCGAAUCAAGCAGAGGAAGCCGUGGGUGACGAGGUUGGGGAGAGGGAGGAGGAGGGGGAGGACGAGGAGGACGAGUGGGAGUUUGAGGAGGAAGAUGCGGCCGACGUGGUGCCUGGAGACGGGUUGGAUGGCGGAGGGUUUGUCUUGAACGGGGCAGCGUGGGGGCAGACAGCGCUGGAGUUGGCACAGGCGGUGCUGGCAGGGAGCAAGUACGGUGGGGAGUUUGAGCUGUACGGAUUCAAGGUUUACCCCGAGAGGAACUGGAUUCGCGUGCGACUUGACAAACUCAGUGACGUCUACGGCUCCCCAAUGGUGGAGGACAUAGACUCGUUCCUCCUUGACUUCAACGCUCUGGUCAUUGCUGCAGGGGAGAGGGGCGAGCUGCCCCAGGACAUUCAGAUUGAGGUCUCUUCUCCUGGUGCCGAGCGUGUGGUCAAGGUUCCAGACGAUUUAAUCCGGUUCAAGGAGCUUCCAAUGUAUGUACACUACCGGCUGCCUAGCGAAGCAGACAAUACAGGGGACAAGAGCACUACUGCUAGUGGAGGGAAAACGUCUGAGGAGAUUCUUUCGUUAGUGGAGGUGGACGAGGAGGAGCGUGUGACAAUAUGGAGGGUUGCUGAUUUUCAUCCCACCCUAAUUUUCACUCAAGAAGGAUCCAAGGAGCAGCUCGAGUAUCUUCAGAAUGAGCUGAAAGCAUAUGAGUGGUUUGGAUCCAAGAGCCAAGACGCUCCUGGCGAAGAAUAUUCUGCCAUCUUUUAUAACCGAGACCAGGUUGAGGUGAUGGAGAGCGGGAACUUCUGGCUUUCAGAGACGCCUGAAGUGUGUGGGAGCACAUCCUGGGGUGCAUCCACUCCGGCAGUUGCCACUUGGGUUAAAUUCCGAGUGAAAGGGCUACAGCCACCAGGGUAUGCGUUUCAAGCUUACAAUGUUAGGGUGAAAACAGGAAGUUCUUCAGCAAGAGCGAAAGGAGCGUUGCUUCUGUGGCAGCACAUUAGCUCUGUGCCACCGUCUAUUCCUGCGCUCAUGUGUGCGAAUUUCAACAAGAACAAGGGAUCUGCUCCUGCAAGGUUCUUCCUUGGAAGCUGGAAGCUGAAUGGCUUUGAAGGAGACUUCAAAGACGUGCUGUCAAUCGCUCGCAAGAAAAUGAACACAGGGCACAUAUACUCCCACCAUCGCUUUCAAGGUCCUGACAUGUCUUGCUUGCAAAUUGUUAAAAGUGCUAUGGAAAUAUGUACAGCUGAGAGUGAUCCAGGCAUCGUGGAUCCGCUUCACACUGACUGGAUGUUCCGCUAUGGCCGGGCACUGCAUCCUAGCUAUUGCGAGGUGGUGAUCAGCACAUGGGGGGGAAAGCUACCAUCAAGUCACUACCCAUUAUAUGCUGAAUUCUCUCUGCCAAGAAGUGUGCAAGCAGCUCAGUAG